CCUGGAAACAGUACUGCUGUUAUCUGCCUGACCGCAAAUACAACUAACACUCAGUUAGCUUCAUCCGUGUUUGAUGUUCGCUUUGACCGGUGUCUGAUACAGCCUCCGCUGGAAGUGAAACUCUGUGGGCUUUUAAUCUACAUUUCUGACUGCUCCAUCUGUCUAUGAGAUUGCAGCGCCAUCUGUUGAUGAGGCUUGGAAUGCCCCAUAACCAGAACAAAUCUGGGUUCCACUGGGCUCAGGUCUGCCUCUGGGGUCAUGGCUUGUGCUGUCUGCCCCGCCUCUCCCUGCGUGGAUCUCUACCUGCUAGAGUCACUGUGGGCCGAGCCUACAGCACCCAGCAUCCACCACCUGCUAAUCCUGCCCCUCCUGAGGAAAAAGGCAAAGCCGAGGCGGUGAAGGAGCGCGUCCUGGGUGUCUUACAGCACAUAGGAGACUUGAGUCAGCAGUGGGGUCAAAGGUCAGCUAAGACGGCCACAGCCACAGUCAACUACUGGUGGGGACACUACGAGGAGUUUGUUGGACUCAAUGAGGUCCGCGAGGCCCAGACAAAGGUCACAGAGGCCGAGGCGGCGUUCAUGGUGGCCAGAGGCAUGGUGAGGGAAGCUCACGGUAGCCUGGAGGUCCUACAGACCAGACUGAAGGAGGUCAGGGAUCGGCUGGACAGAGUCUCCAGAGAUGAGGUGCACUACCUGGAGCUGGCCACGCAGGAGCACAAACUGCUUCAGGAAGACCGUCGUCUUCGUUCGGCCUACGAGAGCGCAGAGGGUUCCGAGAGGGAAAAGUUUUCCCUGUUGUCAGCGGCUGUAAGGGAGAGUCACGAGAAGGAGAGGACAAGAGCCGAACGCACAAAGAACUGGUCCAUCAUCGGCUCGGUGCUCGGAGCCCUGAUCGGGGUCAUGGGGUCCACGUACAUCAACCGAGUCCGCCUGCAGGAGUUGAAGAAUCUUCUGCUGGAGGCCCAGAAAGGUCCGGAGAGCCUGCAGGAGGCACUCAGAGUCCAGGCUGGAAACCAUCGCUCCCAGCAGGAGGAGCUCCGUACGCUGAUUGACAGCUUCAGGGCAGUUCUGAACAAUGCCACCGGGCUUAAAGGCAGUGCUCUGCAGGUGGAGAGUGGGCCAAGUCCAGACCCUCAGCAGGUUCCUGUUUCUGCAUUAAAAGAGCUCCGUGUGGGCGGGCAAAGGGCCGAGGCGCUGCUGGAGGCGCUGCCGCCGCGUCUGGGCAUCCUGGAGCGAGGCAUCGGCAAGCUGCAGGGUGAGCUGGUCGCAGUGAGGGAGCUGUUAGAGACCAAGAGAAAAGCCGGUCAGCCAGAGAGAGCGAGGAUAGAAACGAGAGUGCCGGGGGACAUGGACACAGUGCAAAGAGGUCUGGAGGAGACACAGAGGACGCUGGCAGAAAGAAUCAAGAGAAACACUCUUUAUAAUGCUGCGCUUGCCUCCACCGCCACAAUCGUCACUGUCUCUGCUCUGUAUCUGCUGCUCCGAGGGCCGGCGUAGACCAGGUCCUCCUCCUCACAGGCAUCACCUGGUCUCUACCUGAUCCCAGAGCAGACCACCGAUCAAGCCCCAAAUCCUGCUCAGACGUAACUUUACCUUUUAAUCAUCAAUAAAACCUGAGAACAUGAUGUGUUAUUUAACAAAGAGUGGAAGAAAAGUUUUAGCUUCUCCAACACUUUGUGAAUCCACUUUUUUGUCAUUUUCAGGGGCUCAG